AGUUCUCUUGAACGUGAUCAAUAAGACGCUCGUGCUCGCACGAGGAGUCCUCGUUGAUGUCAUCGAUCGAUCAACGCUUCUCUUUCCAAAACAUGACCACUAACGAAAGCACGAAUGAGCGAGGAUGUGAAUCUAUCGAAUCUGCAUCCAUUCCGGCAGCGGUAUCGCCGGUUGAUAUUGCCGAGGGUACCGAGAAUACCGAGAAUACCGAGGACGAGCGCUCGACGAUAAACGUUAGUGAAGAAUAUGUUGAAAUUUAUAAAUCGUUGCGCAUGGUUAUGGCGGACGUAAAAGAGGCUUGCUUUUCCAAGAAACAGAAUAAAAUGAUCAAAGGGAUCAAAUCGAAGAUGGACAAAUUUUACCGUGACAUAAUCACAUCGGAAGAGUUAAACGUCGAUAAUAUUGUACUUCUCGCACAUGCCUACUUACUGCUGCACCGUAUAUAUGCUGACAGCGAAGAUGACACUGCAAAAUUAGAUACUGCUCGAUUCCACAUUAGCAGAUGUACGGAGCUUUUUAAAGGAAAGGAGACAGAUCGUAAAGCUAUUUUGUUAGCUGUGGAUGCGUAUCGCUAUUUAGGUUGUUUUUACAGCAAGCUGCAUAAGCGUGAAGCGUCUCUGGUAGCUUUUGAGAAAGUACUACAGCUAUAUCUGACAUAUGUCACGGAUAAAGAUGAGUAUCUGGCUCCUAUUGAUAUUGUAUCCUCUGUCACCCUUGACUCGUCAGAUCCUGAAUUUAUGCUAGAGGUGCUAUGUACAAAAGUUUUCCGAGACUUAUUAGCGGAGCGUAAAAGUGAAAAGACAGAUAGAGUAUCUAACUGGAUAAUCAUCGAUAAAAUAGCCGUGUGUAAACACAAGUUACUGAUGAGGUUGUUGAAUAGGACAUUGUCAGAUACAGACGAUACUGGGUGGACUACGCAUUUGAUAUCUUUGGCCCAAAUUUUCAUAAGUUACGAACGUUUUCCCGAAGCUAAGAAACAUCUUGCUGCGGCCUCCUUUAUAAUGGACAAGCACCGUCAGAAAACAUGUGUGAAAAUGGACGAACGAGAAAACUCGAUCGAAGAGAUUUUGUCAGAUAAGAUUUUGUCAGAUAUGUAUCGAGAAACUACGAGUGUUAUUGAUUGGACUUGGGCGAGAUACGGCCUCAAGCUGUUGCAGUCAUCGCGGGAACGAUUAUUGUACGCUGUAGAAAAUGAACCUCGCGCGACAUGCAAGUCCGAACUAUUAUCUGCGCAAGAGUCCGAAAAGCAGUCUGAUCAGUCGUUAGUAUUCACUGACACGAUACAAGAUCUCGAAGGAUUCACUGCUGAGAUCACGGAUAAGCACCUUUCGAGUUAUGAUGAUGCCAAAGCAGUUUUUACGGCUGUUUUGGCGCGUAUUCGUACAGCACAAGAGUACAUUACACUAACUAAACCCCUAAUAAUCUAUACCAGUAAAGAUCCUUGUAUGUCAAUGUAUGUGACGAUGAUGCGAGGCAAUGCCAACGCGUACAAAUAUCUUGCAGGCUAUGAACAAGAUAGAACUAAGCGAGAGAAAUUGCAUAAAUUGCAACUACAGAGUUUACAACAUAUUUUAGAUAAAUUGAGCACACCACAUUCCUCGAUAGAUCUCAUAAAGCCGAUUUGGAUGGAAGUAGCAAUUACUCACUCCAAUAUAUUGGAUAUAGUCACUGAAAGAUAUCGGUAUGGUAAUGAUUCUUUGUGUAAAGAAAUGUUCGAUGAAAUAAACAAAUUGGUAAAUAAUAUCAUAAGUAAUUGGCGAUCAUAUAUGCAUGGUUCUUCAUAAAUCAACAGAUAUUAUAUCAGCAGAUUAUAAGUUACAGAUUGUAUGUUACUACGGCUGAGCGACCUUGACAACAAAUUAUGUUCUUUCCCGGUAAACAUAAUAGUGUAUCAUCGAUGUUGCAAUGUCAGCUAAAUCAUAUGGUAUGUUACGUGACUGUUACUUUGUUAUAUAACAAAGCAACUUGUUGUGUAACCAUACCAUACGAUUUAGCUGACAUUGCAACAUCGAUGAUACUUUGUGUUACACAUGGCGCAAACACGCGUACAAAAUACCUGCCAUUUAUGCUGAAACAAGAAAAUACCUAGUCUUCAAUUAUCAUCAUGUUCAUUCGUGAUGAAAGUUACUCCUAAGAAAGGGUGAAAUUCGCAUUACAGAAACCUUUAAUAAUUUUUAUACUAUGUAUUUAUAAAUAUUUGUGAAACUGUAAUAUAAAUUGUCGAUAAGUUGGUCAUCGUAUUGUCUUAAUAAGAUUUAUAUAAGAUAUUCUUUGUGUAAACGCGCUUCGCGUAUUUUCGCUUGAGAGUUAAAUGUCAAUAAAUAUUUCGUUAUUACCGUCAAAGCAGUUGCCGUUAUUAGUAAUUAGUAUUUCCGUACGAUUUACCUCUUGAUUUACUUUCGUCGAGAAAGUAGUUCUUAAUUUUAUCUAUAGAGAAUCAGGUAAGGAUAUAAGGAUCGCUCCUGUGAGGUCGAGUAAACGAAGAAUCUUGUAAGGAUACGAUGAGAUGUUUAUCGCUGAUCGGUAAUAUAAAUAAAAGUAUACACCAAUCUGACCCACCCGCCACCGGCCUCUGAUCAUUCGUCGGAUGCUAGUCCUGCUGAACGUAGCGCUGAAUCUCGCAUGUUUGUACGAGUUCUCUUGAGUGGUAUUGGCAAUUAUUGACGCGUUUCUUUUCAAAGAUGCACACUGCCGGAAGCAUGAGCGAGGAAAGAUACAAAUUUGGCGAAUCGAGUAAUGAGAAAUGACGUGCGCCACAACGUAAGUACGCUGCAACGAAGAGGAUCAACAACACCGAGAGCGUCGAGAGAGCGUCUGACAAUGGACGUUGACGAGGAUUUUCUAUUGGUUUUAAAA